AUGCCGAUUGAGGCUCUUCCUCAGAAAACAAUCCGCGCGAUUGGCUCCACAUCUGUCAUUUCAGAUCCCUACUCUGUUGUCAAGGAACUUAUAGACAAUGCCCUAGAUGCUUCUGCCACGUCAUUGCAGAUUGAGAUUUCCCCAAACACUGUGGAUAUCAUACAGCUCAAGGACAAUGGUCACGGCAUCUCUCCAAAGGACCAGCACUAUGUCUGCAAACGAGCUUUUACUAGCAAGAUCCAGACUUUAGAUGAUCUCAGAAAUGUCGUGCCGCGGAGAUGUGUGGGGGGUUUCGCUGUCACUACUCGAGUUGAGUCCGAAGUUGCCGGGCGAUCUUUGAAGUACGGAAGAAAUGGAGAACUUAUUGGAACACAAAGAACGUCACAUCCUGUGGGCACAACUGUUCGUAUGACAGACUUUCUCAAACACCUCCCUGUCCGCAGACAAACUGCCUUGAAGGGUGCUGCGAGAAAUCUCACAAGGAUAAAAAAGCUUCUCCAGGCAUAUGCGAUGGCUCAGCCAUCUAAGAGGCUCUCACUGAAAGUGCUCAAAGCGAAAAAUGAAAACAACAAUUGGGCCUAUGCGCCAAGCGCAGACGCCUCGAUCUCAGAUGCAGCUCUCAAGGUAGCCGGCACAGAAGUAUCUUCUUCUUGUGUCGUGAAACGACUUUCGUCCCACAUAACCGAUGGGAAUCAACAACGAUCAUUAGAUCAAAAAGAUUAUGAAGCCAUCGUCUUUCUUCCGAAGAAACAAUUUGAUACCUCCAAGAUCAAUAACACGGGCCAAUACAUCAGCGUAGAUGGCCGCCCUCUCUCUAGCAGCAGGGGAAUUGGGCAUGAGAUCGUCAAGAUCUUCAAACCAUAUGUCCGUGUUGCCGCAUCUAAAAGCGAAUCCUCCAAAUCGGUUAGCGAUCCUUUUCUCUGUUUGCAAAUUCGCUGUCCCCGAGGAACGUACGACGUAAACAUCGAGCCAGCAAAAGAUGAUCUGCUCUUCGAAGACCGAGAUGUAGUCUUGGCCUUGGUGGAGAAUUUGUUUCGCGACCACUACGGUGAAAUAAAUGGGGCGGAGACAAGAAAUUCCAACCAGGGCAAAGAUGAUGCCUGCAAAUCCGUCGAAGGCCCAGAAGUGUUCGAACUUUUGAUGGCUAGGAAGCCGGAUAAAGAACUUUCUGCACAGCCUCGCGAACCUGUGAACCCCUUCAGCGAAGCUAUACCUCACACGCCUCUCUCACAGAAUCCGCUUCGUUCCGAGUCCGCCUUUUCGCCUGUGGUUCCUUCUAGUAGCAAGGGCUCGGAAAGUCUUGAUGAACCGACCACUGCCAGAACCAAACGUUCCAGCUUCGUCAAUCCGUGGUCUAUCUCCAGAAUCAAUGCCUCAUUUCAAACACCGCGACGUGGGGGCAAUUCCCUCACUCAAACAAGCCCCGUGGAUCUAUCUAACGGUAGCCUGCAGGGGCCAAUCCGAAGGGAGAGCGAAUCUCGGGGCCUCCAGAAUUCACCCAUCUCGAACUUUACAGGCCCUCUUGCCUCUCGACCUGCAUCUGGGUCGCCCGUGAGGCGCCGUCGACAGGACCCGCAAGAAUCGACCGAGUCCUCCCCUGAGGCUAAUCGUAUUUCGAGCGCCCGACGCGCUGAGAGAGAACGUGAUCGAGAUCGGUAUGGGAACGGAGCUUUAGACACUUGGUUCCAGAGAACCACGCAGGUCUCGCUGCAGCAAAGCCCUAUUGAGGAAGGACCGACACAGAAACCGGACUCACCGCUUUCUUUACUUGCCCAGAAACGAUUUGAAUUGCCCACGGAAACUUCGCCAGGAAUUGGACAUGUCGAUGGGCAAAAUGAUGGUUGCUCAGACAGCCCAUCUAGGAAUAGCAUCACCCCAGAAGCUGCUCGUCAUGUGCCGUCGCUACCCGAAGACCAAGGCGAGGACAUCCCACAGUCAAUGGAUAGUGGUCGAGGAUUUCCGGUUCUUGAGAGAUGGGCCGCUCGACUUCACGAAGGCGUGAGCCAUGAGGAACCAUCGGAUCUGGAAAAAGCGCUUGACUUCGAAAGGCGGAAGAAAGAAGCCAUACAAAACAGUCGCCUACGCUUCAAGCAGAACGAUAAACCGUUCAGUUCACAGUCUGAUCCAGUAUCGCAUUCGCCUCAUAGCAGUCGAUACCUUGCCGCAAAAGCUGCAUUAAUGUCAUCGCAAACUUUGAUCGGCGAGCCGGUCUCUGUGACAACACUCUCUCCUCACGAUCCGCGAGCAUACCUCAUCCGCCAGGCAAGGGACCUUUCCACCGAUGAACCUUCAACGAAUGACGGAAAAGCCCGGAGACUACCCACUAAACGGCUUCCCUUCGAACGUAUACCCGAUGGCUCCGACUUGCAUGAUCUCAGUUUGACUUGCUCGGUUGACUUGUCGCCCAGCUCGAACUCGUUCAAGCGGAAUAUACACGAAAAUCUAUAUGCCGGGAGUGACAACGAAACUACAGCAUUCUCGGCAUCUGAUCUUGAGACCUGCUUGCCAUUCUGGAAUGAACGGUUGAUGCUUAUCAUGAAUCAAAAAUACAAGAGUAAGGACGAUUCACAGCCUUUAAGUAUUCACAUUGAUCUUGCCUCCAUUAUUUCUCAGCAUGUGCAAACAGCUCAAAACAAUUAA